CUUUUUCUGGACGUAUGAAUACUAUUUCCACGUUCUUUAUAUAAAACUGCAUUGAUUUAUGUGUGAUAAUUAUUUUUGAGGCACUUUUUUAUCCAAAAAUGACGACCAUCAAUAUACGCAGAGAUGUUAAUGAUUCCUUUUACCGUUACAAAAUGCCGCGUCUCCAGUCUAAGAUUGAAGGCAGAGGAAAUGGUAUUAAGACAGUAAUCCCGAAUAUGUCAGAGAUUGCACGAGCUCUUAGCCGCUCACCACUAUACGUAACAAAGUUUUUUGGCUUUGAACUGGGAGCACAGACUACAACAAACACUGAUGCAGACAGAUACAUAGUAAAUGGUGCUCAUGAUGCGGAGAAAUUACAGGAUUUGCUUGAUGUUUUUAUUCAAAGAUAUGUGCUUUGCAAAUCUUGCAAAAAUCCAGAAACAGAUAUUAUUAUCCUAAAGAACGACAAAAUCGUCAGAGACUGUAAAGCAUGUGGACAACGAAGUGAUGUUCCACACAAUGCCAAGCUUGCUGGUGUUAUUUUAAAAAAUCCACCAAAAAACAGCAAGACUAAAAAAAGCAAAGCCAAAACUACUGCAUCACCUGAACAAAUAAGCAUAGAGAAAGAAACAGAAUCAAACGACGAAUUUAUGUCUGCUAUAGCUGUUCCAGAACAACCUUUUCAUGAAGGACAUAAGAUCAAUGAUGAUGACGAUGAUGACUGGACCAUGGACACUAGUGAAGCUGCAAUAAAAGCACGUAUCAAUGAACUGGAAGGAAGCAUCAAAACGAGUCUCGUUCUUUAUGACGAAGAAGAUGAAGACGAGCAGGAUGAAAACAAUCCUUAUAACCAAUUCGGAUCAUGGGUCCUAGAGAACUUGUCUGCAUCAAAUAUCGAAAUAUACAAAAAAGCACAAGGGUUAAAGAUCGAAAGCAAACACAAAACAGUUGCCGUUCUUGCUCAAACUGUAUUUGACGAAAAUAUUCUCUCUCAAAUUGAAAAUAGAGCAUCACUUUUUCGGAAGAUGAUCAAAGAUAAUGAGAAGCAUGAAAAAUCGCUUCUUGGGGGAACAGAACGGCUAAUCGAUGGGAAUCAAGCAAAACUUCUUCCACUUGUUCCAAAGAUUCUUAUGCAAUAUUAUCAAAAUGAUAUUCUUUCUGAGGAAGUAGUUGUAAAAUGGGCCAACAAAACUAGCAGACGUUACGUUGAUAAAGAUGUGGAUAAAAAGAUCAAAAAAGCAGCCGAACCUUUCCUUAAAUGGCUAGAAGAAGCAGAUGACAAUGAUUCGGGAUCGGAAUAGCGUAUCUGUAUUCUUGUAUUAUUUAGUGCUUUGAUUUCUACUUUUUGUUAUUAAAAAAUGCU